AUUUAUCAUAGCGCCUCAUUAGAUAAAGCUAUGCCUUGCUGGAGGCGGCACGGGGGCUGGCGAACGGCUCACCAAACUUAAGCCCCUGGCCUAGGCACUGGUUUUUUUUUUUUGUCAACCUUAUCAGCUAAUGAUUACAAAGCAAAUAUGUGCACCAUGAGCCUGACCCAUGGAUGAGUGGUCGGUCGCCCAUCAAUUUUGGGGGCUUCAGUUCAAUUUGAGCGGACACAACGAGUAGAAACUAUAUUUUUGAAUGGCACCUGCAACGGCAAAAACAGCAGCGGCAGCAACCGCAGCCAUAACAACGGCAGCCCCCAUCACAAUCUGGCCGAUUAGCUCAAAUAUUAGCACCAGCACUUUGCUACCGUAUUAUAAUGGCGAUUCAGGAAACUAUCCCUAUUACGAUCCGCAACCGGUGUAUUUCUAUUCGGGCUAUGCAUUCUACGUAGUGUUACUUUUUCUCUUCGUCAUACUGAUGCCACUUGUGGUUAUAAUGAGUUCCCUGCAACGCAAGCGGCAGGAGAAUGCACGCAGAUUGGUCCUGCAGACACAACGAGCACGACGUGAAAUGGAAAUAAGCGUCAACAACAACAAUACAAACAUGGGCAAUGGCAGCGUUUGCCUUGAAGUGGACAACAACGACAUGACCAUAUUGCCGAAGGGCAUGGAUCUACCGCCCAGCUACGAUGAGGUCAACAUCUGUAACAAGGAUGGUAACUUAGGCGCCUCCACUCUGACCAUCACAACGGACUUGGGAUGCAGUAAUCCAAAUCUGGCAAUAACAGCUUUAAAUGAGCCGCCACCAGAUUAUCAAGGAACCAUAGAGACUGUCGAUGCUCCGACAACCACUACAACUAUAUCCACAACGACAGUUGUUUCUGUUAUGCCCAGAAUCUAAAUAUAAAAACAGCAUUUCAAGUGUAUUUCUAUAAUCUUACAACUAUUAUAUAUUUAACUUCAAUACAAAUUACACU